GUUGCAACAACACAGUGAAGACGCGGAGUGGGCGUUUUCACUUCACAUAGAUACUUUUCGUUUUUGCCUCCAACUUUAAGUCUAGCCGGACUGCUAAUUUUGUGUAUUUGUAAGUUUCAAAGUUUCAAAAUGACCAGCAACCUCAGGCCAAAGCUUUGCGUCUUAGAAAAAGGGGACAACGGCUACGGUUUUCAUCUCCACGGCGAAAAGAACAAGCUAGGUCAGUUCAUUCGGCACGUGGAGCCCGACUCUCCGGCCGCCGCUGCAGGUCUGCUGGCCGGGGACAAACUGGUGUUCGUGAACGGGGAGAAUGUGGAGGACGAGAAGCAUCAACAGGUGGUGUCCCGAAUACGAGGCAUAACGGGCCAACUAGAGCUCAUCGUGAUGGAUGUAGAGACCGCAGAACUGCUGCAGAAGCACAACUUGAAGUGCCAGAAAGAGUAUGUGACUGAUGGCAUACCGAUACCGAGCAGUGUUGGAUCGGACCAUGAAGACGAAGUGAAGAACGGGACCCCAAGCGAGUCCACCCCUGUCCCGGAAACAAACGGGGACAUACGCAUGGAUAGACUGAGCGUGAGCUCCAAGGAAUCAAAGAACGAGCUGCGUCCACGUCUCUGUCACAUGAAGAAGGGUGCCACUGGAUAUGGCUUUAACCUGCACACAGAGAAGUCAAAACCCGGCCAGUACAUCAGGGCGGUGGAUGAGGACUCCCCAGCAGAGAAAUCUGGACUUCUGCCCCAAGAUAAAAUAGUGCAGGUGAAUGGCAUUGCUGUGCACACAAUGCAGCAUUCAGAAGUGGUGGCGGCCAUCAAGACAGGAGGAGAUGAGACCAGACUGCUGGUGGUGGAUCCUGAGACAGACGCCUUCUUCAGCAGCUGUGGUGUCCUUCCGACUGAGAAACAUCUCACAGGACCUCUUCCAGAGCCCGUUUCCAGCCAUGAUGCAGAAGAUCAGGUGAAUGGAAAAGCAACUCAGGAGGAAAAGCCUAAAGUAGCUAUGAGCCUGUCGACCUCCAGCACCUCCUCCAACACCUCCACCUCUGCAGCUCCAGCCAGCACCUCAGCACCAGAGGACAAACCAAAAGAGAAGGCUUCGAGUGAUGACGCAGGACUAUCUCUGCAGAUAUCGCUGCAGCAGGCCAAGGAACGCGCUCGCCAGAAACGCUCUAACAAGAAAGCCCCGCAGAUGGAUUGGAGCAAAAGAAAUGAGCUCUUCAGCAACCUCUGAGCCUCCUCUGUGCCUCCCAUCUUCCUCUCACCCAUUUUCUUUACUUCCUCUACAAUUGUCCGUCCCAUCAUGCCUCUCCGCUCUUUCAGUACACUUGUACACAUUUAGAAACCCUCUAACAUGUGUAUUUUUAAACCAGUGUUAUUUUGCAUCUGAUUUCUAAAUCUGUUGAUUUUUUUUUUUUGUGAUAAAUUUUUACUUGAUUUAACCCAGUUUCGAUCUUCUGAUAUAUCGAUAUCUGAUAUAAGAUGAAAUAUAUGAUUUAACAUUACUGUAUAAUGCAAGUCUAGAAUAGAAUUUUUUUUUUAAGAAGAAAGCUUAAAUGAUAUCUGAAACAUAUCUGUAUAUUCUCUUGCUUUGCUUACAGUAAUAUUGAUGCAGUAUUGAUGGCUCUGUGAAAACGCCGUAUAGUGUCUGAUGAGUUGCUUCAGGACUAGUCUUAACAAUGGAGUUUUUAAAUAACUUUUAGAGCAGCAACUAUCCAUUGAUUUUUCUUUUUCCUGUGUGUGUGUGUGUGGUUAUGAUCAGUUCAUAACAUUAAGGGUAGAAACUGCAGCCUUUUAAUUUUGUAAAUGUGAGCCGUUCAUGGUUUGGGACCCAUUAACCACUGAAAUGACGCUGUUGGCUGAUAAACCUUCUAAUUAAAGGUUUUAUUUCAAGUGCUUGUUUAGUGGAUGUACUGU